AACCGCGACGCUAUCAGGUCGAGAUUGCCUUUUCCUCAUGCAUGCGACCUCUAAAUCUCUGUAUUAAUAUAUUUUCUGGCUUUAUAUAUGAACAACAGAUAACAAUGCUUCUCUUGAGGAGGACCGUGCAGGCGGGGAAACACGGGAGGUCUUUUUCUGCGUCACAGACUCUCCUGAGCGAGAGAAAGGGUCUGGUGCUGGGAGUGUUUGAGAAGGAGGGAGAGGAGGGUGGCCUUCAUCUGACAGAAGCAGCUGCAGGUUUUGACCAAACCCUGUCCGGAAAACUCUCUGAACUGCUUAAAAUCUCUGGACCCACUCUUAAGCAAGGCAAAAGCAGAAUAUUCUAUGGAAUCCACAAGGACUUCCCAUGUGUGGCAGUAGUCGGGCUGGGUAAAACCACUGCCGGUGUGUGUGGAUCAGAGAACUGGGACACCAGCAAGGAGAACGUCAGACAGGCAAUGUCAGCUGGCUGCCGGCUGCUUCAGGACCUGGAGGUGAAGCAUGUGGAGGUGGACGGCUGUGGGGAUGCCCAGUCCGCAGCAGAAGGCGCCGGUCUGGGUUUGUUCCAGUAUGACCAACUCAAAUCCAAGAAGAAGAACAAAGUAACCACACAGCUUCAUGGAAGUGCUGACUCGGCCGGUUGGCAGAAAGGAGUCACGUACGCAGAAGGCCAAAACCUGGCACGGAUGCUCAUGGAGGCUCCAGCCAAUCACAUUACUCCAACAGCUUUUGCCAACACGAUUGAAAAAAAACUAGCACCGCAUGCUGAACGAGUCACAAUACAUAAGAGAUCUCAGGCUUGGAUAGAGCAGCAACAGAUGGGAGCGUUUCUCAGUGUGUCUCGAGGUUCAGAGGAGCCCCCUGUCUUCCUGGAGCUGCACUACAACGGCUCUCCGGACAGCAAGCAGGCCCCGCUGCUCCUAGUGGGCAAGGGCAUCACCUUUGACAGUGGUGGUAUUUCCCUGAAGCCGUCUCCUUCUAUGGAUGCAAUGAGAGCUGAUAUGGGGGGAGCAGCCACUGUGUGUGCUUCUAUCGUCACAGCAGCAGCUCUGAAGCUGCCCGUCAACAUUAUUGGUCUGGCUCCCCUCUGUGAGAACAUGCCUAGUGGAAAAGCUACUAAACCAGGUGACGUUGUUGUGGCCAAAAAUGGAAAAACAAUCCAGGUUGAUAACACAGACGCAGAGGGCCGACUGGUUCUCGCAGACGCUCUGUGCUACGGACACACCUUCAACCCCAGAGCCAUCGUCAAUGUUGCUACGCUAACAGGUGCGAUCGAUGUAGCUCUUGGCUCAGCAGCGACGGGAGUGUUUACAAACUCUGACUGGCUCUGGGAGCAGCUGCAGAAGGCUAGUGUUGUGACAGGUGACAGAGUGUGGAGGAUGCCUCUGUUCCAGCAUUACACCCGACAGGUGACUGACUGCCAGCUGGCUGACCUCAACAACGUCGGGACGUACAGCCGUUCUGGCGGUGCAUGCACAGCAGCUGCGUUCCUGCGAGAGUUUGUCACUGCUCCUCAUUGGGCUCAUCUGGACAUCGCAGGAGUGAUGAGUAACAAAGAUGAAGUUCCCUACCUGAGGAAAGGCAUGUCUGGAAGACCAACCCGCACACUAGUGGAGUUUGCUGCCGGACUGGUCCACAAAGGCUGAGAGAUUGACACAAAUAUCAGAUUGUACGCAAAACUCUCUGACUGUUCAUCACUGGCCAGAUUCAACAAGUCAAGAAGUCUGUGUACAUAUGAACAAUAUUGUUUCUAUUGAAGGGCUCAAUAUUUUUUAAACCAAUCUGUGACUUCAAUGUCUACUUACAGCUAAAGCAUCAAUGUCAUAGGUCACAAUGUAUGACCAGUUCAGUGUUUCCCCACACUGUUGUGAUUUCAGCUGAAGCUCUAUGGAUACAACCAGGUUCACAAAUGUAAUUUAUAUGUUGUAUAAAAUAAACCCAUAAUCAAU